UUUGCGUUCUGUUCCUUUCUGCAAAGAAUCCUUGCGUACGUGAGUUGCGACUCACAUCAAGCAUCAGUGAAACGAAGUGACACAAGUCGAUUCAUCGUAAGAAUGUUGUCGUCUUCCUGCCGUCGAAGUUUCCUUGCGGCGAAGACUCGGUUGCGCUCAUGCGUGACCACGUCGUUGUCGACGGGUUGUCCGUGGAGUGCCAUUUCCAGCGGAUCCACAAGUCGCCAUAUCGAUCGGUUUUUUUCGACCCACAGUUCCUUCGAUGAACCCAACCCGUCCUUGUUUGGUGCUUCUCCAUUGCAAGCGUCGACGGUAUCCAGCGAUGCUACUUCGAUCCCUUCCAACGAAGCCGAUCGCGAUAUUCAAUUGCGAGCAGACAUUAAAGUCAUGGGUAGUUUACUGGGACGAAUCAUUCAAACGCACGAAGGCGCGGAGGUACUGGAAAAGGUCGAAACCAUGCGCGGCUUGGCCAAGACCUGGCGCGAUCAAGGGGCAGGCCGCGAUCCCAGUACGAAGCAAGCCGCUGACCAAACCUUUCAAAACCUCGCCGCGUACGCCAAGAGCUUCACCGAUGCGGAACUCUUUACCGUUAGUCGGGCCUUUACGCACUUUUUGGCCAUUGCGAAUGCGGCCGAAUCGCAUCAUCGUGGACGGCGUCUGAAGCAAUCACGCCUUCUUUCGGACGAGUCGUCGGGAGCGCUCUAUCCCAAGCCGGACAGUGUUGGAGGGGUUCUUCCUUCUCUGCUCGCUCAGGGACACGAUGCGGACGCGAUCUACGACGCCCUCACGUCGCAAACCACCGAGCUUGUUUUGACAGCCCAUCCGACUGAAGUUAAUCGGCGCACUAUUCUCAACAAGAAGCGCAGGAUCCAGCGCAUUCUCACCAUGGCCGAUCAACAGCGUCAGCUUGGUGCCUCUAGCGUCUUUGAGCAAGCCGAACUCAAUGACGCCUUGUAUCGGGAGAUCUCCAGUAUUUGGCUAUCUGAUGAAGUCUCUCGUAUCAAACCAUCUCCAGAAACGGAAGCUGAAAAAGGAACGCUCGUGUUGGAAACGGUGUUGUGGGAGGCCGUACCGACCUUUUUGCGUAAAUUGGACGCCACCACGCGCGAGUUCCUCGGUAAGCCUUUGCCUCUCGAUUCGUCCCCGAUUCGGUUUGCAUCCUGGAUGGGCGGAGAUCGGGACGGGAAUCCUAACGUGAAACCGGAUACGACCCGGCAAGUGUGCUUGCGUAAUCGUCAAAAGGCAGCCACCCUUUUUGCCCGUAAUUUGCGAACGCUCGAGGCGGAGUUAUCCUUGACCACGUGCAGCCGCGAAGUCCGGGAAGUGGUAGGCGCUGCCCGAGAACCUUACCGUAUAUUCUUACAGCCCAUGAUUCGGAAAAUGGAAGCGACCACUGAUUGGGCCGCCCAAGAGUUGGCGAUUUUGCAAAAACGUCGUAGCGGUGACAAGAGUGCCUCGGGUAUUGCAUCUGUCGCUAGCACCAACGUGGAAGGCAUCUACCUUGAUCAGGAAGAAUUCAGGGCGGAACUGCUCACAAUCUACCGCUCUCUACAAGAAACAGGAAACGAAGUGGCUGCCAGCGGCAUUUUGACAGAUAUUAUUCGGAAUCUUUCCUCCUUUGGGUUGACGCUCAUUCCUUUGGACGUCCGCCAGGAAAGCGACCGCCACGAAGAAGCCCUAGACGCUAUUACCCGGUACCUCGGAUUAGGUAGUUACAUACAGUGGGAUGAACAGACGCGCGUUAGCUGGUUGACAACUCAAAUUUCGUCCAAACGCCCAUUGCUUCGAGCAGGAGUCUGGUACGAACAUCCGGACUACUUCUCGCCAACCGCAAUUGAUACACUAGAAAUCUCUCGAAUGAUUGCCGAACAGCACGAAGGGAGUUUGGGGGCCUACGUCAUUAGUCAAGCGACCAGUGCAAGCGAUGUCCUUGCCGUGCUCUUGCUGCAAUUGGAUGCUGGUGUCAAAAAGCCUCUUCGUGUCGCGCCUCUUUUUGAAACUUUGGACGAUCUGAACGGCGCCGCUGAUACAAUGCGACAGCUGUUCAGUCUUCCUGCGUACAUGGGUACCAUAGGUGGGAAGCAAGAGGUCAUGAUAGGUUACUCCGAUUCCGCGAAAGAUGCCGGUCGAAUGGCGGCAACGUGGGCUCAAUAUGAGACACAAGAGACGUUGGCCAAGCUCGCCAAAGAAUUUGGAGUCGACAUGACGUUUUUCCACGGGAAGGGUGGUACCGUUGGCCGUGGUGGUAAUCCGCAAACCUUCACAGCCAUUAUGGCACAUGCGCCGAAAACGAUCAACGGGCACUUCCGCGUAACCGAACAAGGUGAAAUGAUCAGCCAGAACUUUGGAUACGCAGAUCGCGCCGAACGUACAAUGGAUAUUUACACUGCUGCGGUCCUGGCCGAGAAGCUGAGUGAACGACCGAAGGUCAAAGACGAAUGGAGAAGUAUGAUGAAGAUCUUGUCGGAUAUUAGCUGCGAAGCCUACCGCCAGGUCGUACGCAAAGAUGAGCGCUUCGUACCCUACUUUCGCUCCGCUACCCCCGAACUAGAACUCUCGAACCUCAACAUUGGAUCGCGGCCCGCCAAACGAAAGGCGACGGGAGGUGUCGAAAGUCUUCGCGCUAUUCCUUGGAACUUUGCUUGGACCCAGACUCGAUUCAAUCUACCCACGUGGUUGGGCGUUGGCGAUGCCAUCGGACAACUGCUAAAGAGCGAUAGAGCUCCUUUACUCCGGGAACUCUAUCGUGAAGCGCGCGCCUUUCAAACCAUGGUGGAUUUGGUCGAAAUGGUCCUGGCAAAAUCCGAGCCCGCGAUUGCCGCUCACUACGACAGUGUUCUCGUCAAGGACCCCAAGGCGAAAGAACUAGGUAAGGAGGUUCGUCAACUUCACAUGGCGACGGAAGAGGCAAUUCUAGAUUUGACGGAACACAAAAAGUUGGGCGAAAACAACGCGGUGCUUCAGCGUGCUCUGGUUGUGCGCAAUCCCUACGUAGAUUGCCUGAAUAUUUUGCAAGUCGAGACCUUGGAUAGGCUCCGGCAAGUGGAAGAAGGGAAGGAAGAUAAGGUCUUGAAGGACGCGCUCCUCACGACCAUUACAGGGGUUGCCAAUGGAAUGGGCAACACUGGUUAAAAUACUUGCAUGUCUGAUCUAUGGAAUGAUUGUAAAGGAUUACAUUUACUGUUAGCGGCCAAAAAAAGGUGGACCUCCUACGGAGCUAGUAU